CAGUAGGCGCCUGUCGCUGCCGGGGCGCGCGCGAGUGCCUGUUUACGAGCCGUCCGGUGCCCUUCCGCGCGUGCCGCCGCGUCACGUGGCCCGGCCCGGCCCGUGCCGUCCGUCGCCGUGCCCGCCUCGUCCCGUUCCAGCCCGCCUCGCCUCAGGGGGCUUCUGCCGCGGCCCCGCCGGGCGGCAUGAGGGCGCUGCCCCCGCGCUGGGGGCCGCUGGCGGUGCGGGUAGCGGGCGGUUGGUGGGAACCGCCCGCGCCCCGCCGCGGUUGUAGCGGCUCCGCCGAGGCCGGCGGCCGUAAGCCCCUUCGGGAGUGGGCGCUAGCGGUCAGCCCGCGGGGGCGGCUGCGGGUGCGGCUGCCCUGCCAGGUGAGCGUCCGCCCGCUGGAUCCGCAGCGCUACCCGGGCGCGGAUCGUGUGCUGGUGGCCGUGAGCGGCGCCGGCGGCAGCCCCCCGCCCCGCGACCGGCAGCAGGACCGCGACCGGCAGCACGACCGCAUCCGGGUGGAGUACGAUGAGGCGCUGGGUCAGAUGGCGAUCGUUGCGGACGGCGUGGACAGCAAGGCAGCCGUGGACGUCAGGACGCCCGUGAAAUUCGAUUUGGAUAUAAAAACAUCAGGAACUGGCUGCGUGAAGGUUCAGAAAAUAGAAUGUGAUAACUGCAAAAUAGAAACGGAGAAGGGGACUAGUGUCUUGCAGUCAAUAAAGAGUCAUAAAAUUGAUAUACGAACAAAUGGUGGCAAAGUAAUUGGACUUGGAACACUUUAUGGAAAUACAGAUAUUCGUGCCACAGAGAAGGGUAGUGUGAAUAUAGAGAAGCUGCAGGGGACAUCUAUCAACAUAUCUACUGAAGAUGGGCUGCUGAAAACUAAGUACCUUUAUGCAGAGUCAUCAUCUCUGUCUUCAGUAGCUGGUGAUAUUCUGCUGGGAAGUAUUCAUGGUAACACCAACCUUCAGACCAAAACAGGGAGUAUCACAGUAGAUUCAUCAGAUGGAAGUCUAAAAGCUUCUACACAUCAAGGGACAAUAGAUGUUUAUGUCAGUCAAUUAAGAAAAGUGGAUCUGAAAUCCCAGAAAGGUUCAAUUACAGUCAAGGUACCUGCUUCUCUCAAAGCCUAUUUACAGUUGUCUGGAAGAAAAGUGGAUGUAAGCUCAGAGAUCCAGUUAAAAGAAACACAGAGUGCCUCCAAAGAUGAUCACGUAACUAUAAGUGGUCACAUGAAUCAAAGGGAUGAAACAGAUAAGUGGAUUAAGGCUGACACACAGAAUGGCAAAGUGUGUCUUAAAAGCCAAAGCUGGAUCCAGUCUGUCAAGCUGAAGAGUUCUUAAAGGUGAAAUAUGCCAAAGAGAUAAAAUCAAGAAAUUGCAAAGGAACAUUUCUGUAAAAUUAUGAGACUUUGUUGAUGUAUAUUCUUAAUAUAACAGAGAAACAAUUCUAAAAAUGAGAGUGCUUUAACCCAAGAUUUGCCCAUGACAGUGGCUGAUGCUGAAGAAGUCUCGUUUACUUUUAGUGCCUUUUAGGAAUGAGGAGACGUUAUGUAUUCAGAAUUUGUAUAACUGGACCCACUCACCGUGUUUGUUUUCAAGUUGGUUACUCUUACUCAAAAGUUUGGAGUUGACAUUUAACAAUAAAAACCGCCCACAUUUUGUCCAUCUAAUGUUGAGAAGAUGUAAAUUUACUUCCAAGGUGACACGCUCUGCAAGCUGGUUUAUGGUUUUUAAUUUAGUGUCUCAGUACUGUGGGAAUUCUGCUGAUUUAUGCAAACGGUGGAGAGUUUUCUUCAGCCAAAUUAUUUGUAUCAUGGACAGGAUAAAACCACUUUCAGAACUGCUCUCGUCAUCUUUGGUGUGUGACCAUAGAGCUUUCUGACAGUUUCUGCCUUGUCAGGGGAUACUCUGUGUGUAAUGACAUGAAAUAACAGAAUGUGUCUCUUGUCAUCUUGAACCACUUGUUUCUGGGUAGAAAUAAGAACUCUUAUCUGUGUCUUAUCUGCAAAGAAAAGCUUAAAAUACUCAAAAGUGCAAUGCAUCUUGCUGAUUUCAAGGAGGAACAACUGGACUUCAGAAAAGAGUCCACAUGAACAUGCCCCUACAGUAAAAGCUGCCAAAGAAGGAAAGCAUUAGUCUAAUAUGUGGGAACUGUAAAUUUUUUCUUUGCUACAUUUCCAAGGAUAACUGUCGACCCUGAACAGUGAGGCUCUAAGUCCUGUGAGGCAAAACAGGGGAGGGAAGUCUGUGUGCACUGCACAGGGGCAUACGUGACUUGGGUGGAGAAUUUUGUGUUACAAAAUAUAAACACAUAGUAAAGUAAAUGGUGCUUUUAAAAGCCUUUCCAUACAUGUAUAUGGCACCUUGUAAAAGUGGCACUGAAACUUGCGUUUUAAAACAGAAAUGGAAGAAUUCCUGCCAAUUGCGUGGAGGGAGAAUAGUAAAGAGUUCCCAGUGCCAGUGCACAUUUGAAGUUGUAUAUAUGUGUGAGUGUACUUUAGAUCAUAAUGGUUCACUAUGAAGUGAACUUCUCCUUUCCCACAGGAUUUCUCAAGACGUGUGAUUAGCUGGGACUCAGGUACUUCAGUAGUCAAGGGCAGCGUUUGUUUGCUGUUCUGUGUACUGUUUGGCUGAGGUGGGCAACUGUGUAUGGCAAAUGAUAGACUUUUUAAAUGCAAAUACCAAUAUAUAAAACAUCAGUAAUAUCAAUAUAAUCUUAUUAGUUAUUAGUAAAUACUAUUAUACCUUUUAGAGAUAAAAAAACCUAAAACAUGCAAUGGUUUUAGAUUUCCAGAGAAAUGUUUGAAAGCAAUGAUUUCUGUGCAGUGCUCCAGACAAAGUGAAAGAAGCACCUCUAAAUUCUCACUGAACUGGAAACAAAAUCAAUUUAGUAGAUAUUUCAUGAAGUCAACUGCAUUGAAUGGUUCAGUCCUUCAGCUGGACUAUGGAGCCUGUCAGCCUCUGCCAUUAAACUGCAUCAGCAAUUUAAGGGAAAAUAUAAUUCCACUUUGAAAAGAAAGCAAGCGCAGGCAUGCACAUUCUAAACCUAGCUGGAAUUAAACAUUUGAACUGUUAGUUACUCGCUUAAAGAAGUUUAAAUAAACCAUCAGAAAAAAUAUGAUACCACUAAAGCUACUCUAAUUACAUUCUUUCCAAGCUAAUAAAUGUUGAGACCAGCUAGAACUGUAACAUGAAGCUCAAGAAUAAGCUGAAGACAGAUACAUCUAUGGGAGUUUCUCCAAGGGAAUUUGAGUCAUGUCCUACUCUGCUAAAAUGAGGUGAAACUUUCUAUUUUUCUCUACACAAGGAGAGAUUAGUGGGUUAUCAGUAAUUAGGACUUGAAUGGCAAAUCCCAUGUGUGCUCAUUUUUUUGUCUAUUUGAUGAGAAGAUGUUCCUGUAACUGGAGAAAAUUUAUCCUUUAAACGCUUUUCUCAUCUGGGCUCCUUUUGAUUUGAUUGUCCUGACAGUUUCAGUAGCCAGCCAGCCCGUGGUUCAGAUCUGCAGAUCUAAGCAUCAGCUUGCUGAGAGAGCUGAGCUCAGCCUGGGAGGCUUCUAUGAGAAUGAGGGCUCUUGGUGCACAGAUGACUGUUGAGAAGUAAAGCACUGUGCUUAAAUGUGUAUCUGUAGUUGUAUAUUAAGGACUCAGUAGCUGCUACCUGUUCACGGUUCUCAGUGCUGGACAACUCUGUACUGAUGAGUACCAGCCCUGUCAAGGGUGAAGUUCUGUGGGAAGUCAGAGUGUUUAUGUCCUGGAGAGAAACUUUGAGGCAAACAAUAACUCCAAAUGCACAAAUUUAUUUAUUGCUUACUCUGCAUGGGACCACAAACAACUUCUCAUUGUUAAAAGAUGAAGACAGCUUGAGUAAUUAUCUGAAGUCAGAAGUGCUGUUUCAGUGUUGGAAGAUGUACACAUUCCUGCAAGAAGGAUUCACAGUGCUUCCUUACUAAUUCAACAAACAUCCCUUUAUUAAUGUAUGAUUAAUUUAAGGAAAAAUUAUAUAGUGUUCUUUUCAUGCUCUAGUGAAAAUCCCAUGGACUGUAGAAGGUGUUGUGUGAUGUCUCCAUUUAUUAUUUUGAAGAAGUUGUUUAUCCAGGCUCUGAUGAGUGGUUUUUGCUGAAGGUGAGUACAUCACCAUCCUGAUCAUAUCCAAGCCAGGAAGGAGGGUCAGCAUCAUGUUCUUAUUUCUCCACUUUGGCUGUAUAUUUCAAGACAGCUUGUCUGCAACAAGAGUUCAUAGAAUUGUUAUAGUUGGAAAAAGCUUGAAGAUCAUUGAGUCCAACCACUAACCUCACACUGCCAAGACCAUAACUAAACUGAACCAUAUCCCUCAGCACCUCAUCUAUUUGUCUUUUGAAUAUCUCUAGGGAUGGUGACUCCACCAACUCCCUGGGCAGCUCCUUCCAAUGCUUAAUAACCCUCUAGGUGAAAAAGUUCUUCCAAAUGUCCAAUAUAAACCUCCCCUGGCACAAAAUGAGCCCGUUUCCUCACAUUUUAUUAUUCAUUACUGGAGAGAAGAGGUUGACUCCCACCUCACUACAGCUCCCCUUCAGGUAGUUGUAGAGACUGAUCACAUCUCCUCUCAGCCUCCUCUUCUCUAGGUUAAACAUUCCCAGCUCUCUCAGCUGCUCCUUAUCAGUCUUGUACUCCAGACCCUUCACCAGCUUUGUUGCCCAUUUCUGGACAUGUUCAAGCACCUCAAUGUCCCUCUUGUAGUGAGGGGCGCAGAACUGGACACAGCAUUCGAGGUGUGGCCUCACCAGUGUCGAGUACAAGAGGAACAAUCACUUCCUUGGUCCUGCUGGCCACACUUUUUCUGAUACAGGCCAGGAUGCCAUUGGCCUUCUUGGCCACCUGGACCACACCGUUGGCUCAUGUUCAGCUGCCAUUGAUUAACACCCCCAGGUCCUUCUGUACAAGACAGCUCUCAAGACACUCUGCUGCAAGCCUGUAGUGUUGCAUGGGGUUGUUGUGGCUCGAGUGCAGGACCCAGCGUUUGACCUUGUUCAACUUCACACAACUGGCCUCAGCCCAUUGCUCAAGCCUGUCCAGGUUCCUCUAAGGAGCCUUCCUGCCCUCAAACAGAUCAGUGCUCCCCCCUAGUUUGGUGUCAUCUGCGAAUUUACUGAGGAUGCUUUAGAUCCCCUCAUUCAGGCCAUUGAUAAAGACGUUAAACAAAACAAUUAAAACCGAAAAAGGACAAAAGUGAAAAAAAGCCUUGCAGAGGUUGUUUCUACAAACAAUGCUAAAAGCUGGUCAGUGAGUAGAAGUUCUUGUUUCAGUAUCAGUGUUAACAAUGUUACAAGAGAUGCUGUGGAAAUUAAAGAAGAUGAUUGGUUUACGCCACAGAGUCACAGAAAAAAAGAGGUUAUAAGGGGCCUUCAGAGAUCAUUUAAUCCUGGUCAUGCUCUAAAGAGAUCCAGCUAGGCCAAGUGGGGUAAAGGCUUUGCUGGCCAAAGUCUGGAUCUCUCUAGGGAUGAAGGUUGCACAGCCUCUCUGGGAUCUCAUUCAAGUGUUUGAUCAGCCUCCUGAUUGAAAAAUAGUUUAUUUGUAUGAAAUCAGAACUUUACACAUGACAUUUGUCCUAUCAGUGCAUCUUUGAGAACAAUCUGACCAUGUCCUCUCACUUGUACCCUCUGAUCAGAGUUGCAGACAGCAGUAGUCUCCCCCAGCCUGAGCCUUCUCUUGUGACUAAGCAAAGCAAUUCUUUCAGCCUCUUUCCAUGUCACGUGCUCCAGCCCUUUAAUGGUCUUGGUGGCCCUCAUCUGCACUUGCUCUGGUUUGUCAGUGUCUGCUCGGACUGGGGAACCUAAAUCACAGAUCUUUGGGACUGAGUAAGCAAUGCUGUCAGAAUAAUCACAUGUUUUGAAGAAAACAUGACACAAAACAAGUUAAAUAAACCAGUUACAUCAGAAGAUAUCUUGGAGUCUCCAGAGGGCUUUUUCGUAGCUAUGUAGGAAGGCUACGGUAACUGCAGGUCCCUAGCUCCCUAUUUUUUUUCUUUGAACAGCCUCUGCGGCACCUCCAAGUAUUUUUACCCUGCCCUGGUUCACCUUCUGCUUUCUGUCUAACUUCUCCAUUUGUAGUUAUCUUCUUUUACCCACCUCUUGUUUCUCAAACAGAACUGAAUACAGGCAGUGUUACAGAGCCUCACCAACUCCUGCACUCCCCGAGCUUGCCCUAAGGCUGUGUUUUGCAACUUCUGUGAAAGCUGAACCAGAAGACAAUUACUUAUGAUGUCCAAAACCACCCAUGAUCUCUCUUGCCAUUUUCUGGCCACUGACCCUCUGCAGCCUUAGACACUAAAACAAUGAACUAGAGCAAAAUGACACAGAACAGGAGAAAAUCAGGCUUGCUGAGUGAGACACAUAAAAAAGAAGUUGAAGAGCAACUCCUCUCCCUCCUUUCUAGGCAAUAUCAGUCCAGCAGCUUCCAUUGCCUUCCUAAGCUGAAGUAACUCAACCCACCACUUUCAGUCUUUGUCUUUCCAUGGCUUGUAGGCCUUGGCCGGCAGCCCACGCCUGGCUGCGCAGAGCACCCGCCUCCCCCUGCUCAUCAUUGCUGCCUCUUCCACUCCAGAAAGCUCCCCGGGCUCAGCAUACUCAUGUACUCGUUGAGGAAGAGCCAGAGCUCUACAUCUCUCCUCUUCUUCAGGAGAUUGAACCUGAUCUGGUGUGUCACAGCACAGCAAGGUGGCCUUUCUCCCUGCUGGCCGAUUUUCUAAGCUCUGUAACAAUACAAUAUGUGACAUCUAGACAAUAAUAGGAAAAAAUCCAAAUGAAUGUGGUCCGUUUUGUGCCAGUCAUGCUAUGACAGUAUUUUUUUCCCCCCAAAGUGAGAACACUGAAGGUGGUUGUGAGGAGCAGAUACACACAGUUGUACUGCUUGAACAACCACGGCGGGAGAGGGCACGUGGGGAGAGGAGUGAAAGGGACAAAAUCAGUGAAGCAAGGAGGGCUCCUUUUCAAGUACUGCAGGAUGGGUUUUUUUUAAAGGAAUCUAACACUGACACACUGUAUGAACCACAGGAACAUAAGGCUGGAUCUGUUUUUAUAUUAGAGAGGCCUGUGCUGUUGAGGAAUGUGUGCAAAAUUUAUAUGAGCUAUAAGCUCUAAGCUAUAAAAUAAAAGUCAACUCAUCCAAGUCCAAAUUCCUGUUUUUCAUGGAAACUGCAAUGUAUGGUGACUGUCUGAAGCAUGUAUAAGGGGAGCUGUUACUAUUUUUUGGAAACUUACACUGUCCCAUGCCUGGAGCUACAGUUGAUUAGUUUGCCAGAAACAGCUAUUCAUUAAUCACCAACACAUGGCAAAAUAGAUCAUUUGUUUAAGAUACACUAUACUAUGACAGAGCCUGCUUAUUUAUUUAUAUAAUGUCUUAAAUGAGCAUAUUGAUGAAUAAAAGCAUUUCAGCAAAUAAUUGCACUUACCUUUGGCAAAGCAAAUCUCUCUUGGUACAAAUCAGACAAAAGUACUGGCCCAAACACAUGGCUUGAGCAGCACUGGGAUGUAUAAUUGGAUCCUUACCCAAAGUUUCAGUCUCUUUUGCUAAGAAGGGGUUGCUAGGAAAUACAGUUCUGCAUCUAGCUCUGAAUUGUGAGCCAUUCCAAAAUGAAAAAAUAUCCAUCAUAAUAAAAAGCAGAGAUUUUGAAGAGGACUUUUUGAUAUUUGGUUACAAAAACUGAUCAAGAGGAAAAAGUGAUGGGAAAUAAAAGCUUAAACAUGGGAGAACUGCUUAUAGUGCAAGUGCAGGAGAAAUUAAGCUGAAGAGACAAGUGGAGGCAGACAGAUAAUGGGAAAAGCAGAAAGCAUUUGCAAGUGUGCUCCCAGUUACAAAAAGUGAUAAGACUACGUCACAUCUGAAGUAUUCCAAAGUCCAUGUCAGCUGCUGUAGUCGUCUAAUUUUAUGGCAUCCAGUUCAAGUGCACGUGAUGGCCGAAACAUGGCACUCCAGGGGCCUCUGUCUCAUUCCAGAGGAGCGAUUUGCAGUCAGUGAGAUUAUAUUUUUGUUGCUUAUUCACAGGAAAAGAGUAAUUAUUCUUCGUCAAAUCAUAUGUAGGAUGUUUUUAUUUCCGAUUACAUGUGUGGUGGACUCCCAAAUCCUUCCUGCCUUCAGACUUGAAUAUUUGGAUUAUUCCUAAGAAACUCUGCUUUUUCAAGAAAGCAAAGGGUCUUGCAAUCUCCUUUCCAACCAACAGCCACCAUCAGAAAACAAAACAAUCACAACCAAAAAUCAAAAUGUUCUCCAAAUGUGAAAUGUCUUGUAGCUGUUAAGACCCAAGGUAAUUUCUGUUUAAAAGGCAAAAAUUGUAAUAGUAUUUCUUGAUGAGUCACUUGUUAACAGAGUCGUCAUGAGUAUAAAAGAAAUGGAACUGGUUUUGUGUUAGUGCAGCCAAGAAAGAAAGAAGCAUUGCAUUUUGCUCUUGAGAG